UCUGAAGUCACCUUUCCUCAUAGGUGGAACCUUCCAAUUAUGAUAUAGCAAAGUUAAGGGGAAAUUGUUAUAGCAAGAUAAAAAGAAUGAAAAUGGGAAUUGUGGAGGAAGCACACAACGUGAAGAUUGUGGGAUCAGGCAUGCGUUUCAUAGUUUUGGCUCAUGGUUUUGGCACUGACCAAUCAGUGUGGAAACACCUUGUACCUCACCUUCUUGAGGAUUUUCGAGUUGUUCUCUAUGAUAACAUGGGAGCCGGCACCACUAACCCGGACUACUUCGAUUUCGAACGUUACUCAACUCUAGAAGGCUAUGCACAUGAUUUACUUGCCAUUUUGAAGGAGCUACAAAUCAAUUCCUGCAUCUUUGUUGGUCACUCUGUUUCUGCCAUGAUUGGUGUUAUUGCUUCUGUUUAUCGCCCUGAUGUCUUCUCUAAGAUCGUCAUGCUCUCUGCAUCCCCUAGGUAUUUGAAUGAUGCGGAUUACUAUGGAGGAUUUGAGCAGGAGGAUUUGGACCAAUUAUUCAAUGCAAUGAAGUCCAAUUACAAAGCAUGGUGCUUGGGGUGGGCCCCCCUAUGUGUGGGUGGAGACAUGGAAUCUGUGGCAGUGCAAGAGUUUAGCCGAACCUUGUUCAAUAUGAGGCCAGACAUAGCACUAAGCGUGUUGCAUACAAUUUAUCAAUGUGACAUGAGGCAAAUUCUGAGGUUUGUCACAGUACCUUGCCAUAUUGUACAGAGUAUGAAGGAUAUGGCAGUUCCGGUGGUGGUUUCAGAGUAUCUUCAUCAACACCUCGGCGGUCAGUCCAUUGUGGAGGUUAUGUCAUCAGACGGCCAUUUGCCGCAGCUGAGCUCACCUGACAUUGUUGUUCCGGUGCUUCUCAAACACAUUCAGCAUGAUAUUGCAGCUGGAUUGUAACUGAUGAUUUUGGUGUAGUAAGAUCAUCAUAUUGCAGCUUCAGGAAAAUCUCUCUCUUAUUGAUAGG